AUGACGCGCGAUGGAAUCGCAUCGUCCGAUUCAAAAAUCGCCCUCUCCUCCGUGUACCGCGACGGCGAUAACGUCGCGCUGACGUCGCCCGACGCGUUGGUUUUGAGCUUCGUCGCCGACGCGGCGUUCGACGGCGACGAGGACGCGGCGCGCGCCGCGGUCGAGCGCGUCGAAAUGCUGAUUCCGUCGCUUCGGGCGGCGGGAAGGAAAGCGUCGACGGGCGCGCCGACGCUGGCGCGGUGGGCGAGGGAUGUGGACGCGUUGUGCGCGGCGUUGGUGUCGCUGCGGCGCGCGCUUCCGAGCUGCGACGUCGCCGACUUCGUGCUGAAGACGCCGCGGUUGCUGUUCGACUGCGAUCACGACGAGUUAAAGAAGACGCUCGAUGAACUUCGAGAGCUGUUCCCGAACGCGGGCAAGGAUGGGAAGCCCGACGUGGACCGCAUGGCGCAGGCGGUGCCGCAAAUCCUCGACGUCGAGUUUACGCGCGCCGGGUUGCGCGCGCUGCGAGAUUCCGGCGCGUUCGGCGACGCCGAUCCCGCCGAGCUCGUCCACGCCGUGCCGUCGCGAAUUCUCAUGGUGGAGUCCGCGCAUCUGCGAAGCUCGUUUUCACCGAAUUUCGACCAAACUCACGUGCGCGCGGGCAAGGUGGCGCGAGUCGGGCGCCGCGAGUCGUACUACGACGACCACGGGAUCGUCGCGCGCGAUCCCGAGCAGCCACACUGGUGA